CGUUCAUCCACCACCACCUCACUGUGGGAGAAACAAGGACUGCUUGACGUUCUUUUGCUCUGUUCCUGAACGUGACAACUUGUCAUUAAUUUAUGUAAAGAGAUCUUACAAUGCGAAAGCAGAUACAUAUAAGAAAAUAUACCGAUAGCCUCAGCAUGGCUAACCUAAUUUCUAACUUAUCUAAUGAACAAAAACAGCAGCUCUGUGCUUUACUGGGUGAUGUUGAGCUGACUCUUCUCUACAAAGCUUCUGUUCAUGGAUAUGAUGCUUCAGCCUUCCACCAGCGCUGUGACCGCCAGGGACCAACUUUAGUUGUAGCUUACAACUACUCAAGCUACGUCUUUGGAGGAUAUACUAGUGUAGAUUAUACUCAAAGUGGACAGUGGAUUACUGAUGACAAGGCUUUCCUGUUCAACGUUACUAAGCAUGGUGGGAACCCUUUAACCAUUAAAGUUAACAGUGGAUGUUACGCACGUCUUGAUGACUCAGAAGGGCCCAACUUUGGCCAACAGCUGUUAUUUUGCUAUAACAGCCAACCAACUAUAUAUUAUCAAGUUUAUCGAUCAGGUUCUUUUAGUUUGAAUCCUUCAACACUGUAUGGAAACGACACUCAACUGAGUGAAUGUGAGGUCUACAAAGUGACACAGACUGUCUCUCAGGUUGCGGAUAAGCCAUGGAGGAAUGUUCUGUGGAAUGAAAAACAAAAACAAGAGCUUAUGAAGAGCAUCAGGAACUACAAACCCCUGGAGUCCUCAGUGAACCGUAUCCGAAUCCUAACGAUUGGUCCUGUAGGUGCUGGAAAAUCCAGUUUCUUCAACUCCAUCAACUCCAUCUUUAUGGGUCGCAUGACCAGCAAAGCCAUGGCGGGAUCAUCAGGCACCAGUCUCACCACACAGUUUCGCACAUAUCCAGUGAAAGAUGGCCGUGAGGGAAAGCCGUUACCAUUUGUGUUGUGUGACACUAUGGGACUUGAGGAGCAGUCGGGUGCAGGUCUGGAUAUUGAAGACAUCAGCAGCAUUCUUCAAGGUCUCAUACCAGACCGAUAUCAAUUCAAUCCGGUUGCAGCAUUUCAUCCUAACGAGCAAAAGGCGUCUAGAUCUGCACCUCUACAGGAGAGGAUUCAUUGUGUGGUUUACAUCAUGGACACCACCAAAGUCUCCCUCAUGUCCAGCAAACUGGAGGAAAAACUCGCUGCCAUACGCAAAAAAGUGAACUCACUUGGCGUUCCUCAGAUCGUCUUGAUGACUAAAGUAGAUGAAGCGUGUCCUCUGGUGGAGGAGGAUCUUGAAAAGGUUUACAUCAGUUCCUACAUUAAGACAAAGGUACAGGAGGUCAGCUCUCGGCUGGGUGUUCCUGUGUCUUGUGUGUUACCCGUGAAGAACUACAGUCAGGAGAUGGAGCUCAACCUCAGCUGUGAUGUUCUGCUUCUCACUGCUCUACAGCAGAUGCUCAACUACGCUGAAGACUAUUUGGAUGAUGUCGAUGCCAGUUAGAGCAAAAUCAUUAAAUGUAUUUUGACGUAAUUGUUUAUUUUUGUCUGCAUUAUGAAAACAUGUUUGCAUGUUUUCAGUAAGCUGAAAGAUGACGAUGCUCAUAUUCAGAAUAGUAAAAUAUAAUGCAUGAGCUUUUUCU